CCGGUAGAUGGCGUGCCGUUAAGCGCACGUAGCUCAAAAGUUGUUAGUGUUUUUUUGCGCCCCAUGUGAAACCUUUAAAACGGUCGAACAAUUCAGGCUGAGUCAUCAAUGCUGGUAUGUGGCUGUAUGUGCAUGGUCAACAAAACAUGCAAGAUCACUAGUUGCUGUGAGCAUUUCGCCAUACAGAGGAACAGUCUAAAAAUCAUCAGAUCAAGGAGGUUAAAGAUUAGAGCUCAAGUAUAUCUAUCUAACUCAAAUAUUGAUACAAGUAGCGUUGAGGCUAUCCACCCCGUUAUAGAUGCUUUAACAGUUUUAUCUGGAAGCAUCCAAUUUUAACACGACGCACCCACUCGCGUACACGGAUGUGUGCUUUCUUCUAAAGAAAACAGCCUACAGGAAAAGGAGCCUCACCCUAGUGCCUCACCCCCCACAUCAAUGGGAUGGUUGCGUGGGUGAGUACGAGAAGCUGCGGCUGGCUUCAGCAUUCCAGUAAAUUUGUCGAGAGCAUCACCAGCACGCCCAUAGCUGAUGCUACCCAGCUUCCUGCACGGUGAUCAUCGGUUUAAGAGUGUUUACGCAGAGAUCUAUCCACCAUGCACUGGAAGAUUGUGGUCAGCCUAGCCGUUGCAUUUCUAGCAUAUCUUAUGAUAGGGGGUGCCGUUUUCCAGGCUCUAGAGAGGUCCAACGAGACUGAGGCAAAGACUGUGUACAUGGAUGUGAACAAGGACUUUCUCAAAAACUUCAGCUGUGUCAGUGAAGAAGAUUUAAAGAGACUCGUGACAUAUGUUAUCGGUGCAUACAAGCAUGGGGUGGUCUUCCUGGCAGUUCAGGAGGAAGAGGGAGAAGACGAGGAUGUCUCCGUUUCCAACUGGGACUAUUACUCUUCUCUGUUCUUUAGCGUCACUGUCAUAACCACCAUAGGUUACGGCCAUCUGUCUCCAGGCACCUUCGCUGGUCAGCUCUUCUGCAUACUGUAUGCACUGGUUGGUAUUCCGCUGACUGGAGUGUUCCUGGCUGGAGUUGGAGACAAACUAGCACGGGGAUUUCACUUCCUCAACGACAAAUCAUUUCUGUCACAGUAUGACGGAAGAUGUGCUAAAGUUGUUAAGGGUAGUGUCAUAGCCUUCUUUUGUAUCUGGAUCUUCUUUCUGCUGCCUGCAUUCAUGUUCAAGUUCUACGAAGGCUGGACUUUUUUCGAGGGCGUGUACUAUUCAUUCAUCACUCUCUCAACCAUCGGCUUUGGAGAUUAUGUAGCAGGAUAUGGAUCCAUAACUGGGUUAGCAUUUAGCCCAGGAUACAAGCUGCUGCUCGUCACGUGGAUCAUAUUCGGCCUCGCCUUCCUGUCUCUAGUUAUCAACCUGCUAGCUGAUAUAAUGCGUAGCAGAGUCGUCGACAGAGUGCAAGAUCACGUCGAUAGGGGCAGAAAGGCGCAACGACAUCUCCAAGAGAAAACGAAGAGAACUGAGGUGAAGCAGGAAGAUUAUAACCUCGUAGCCACAACAUGCAUUAUUGAAGGUGUUUUGCAGAUGAAUGAAAAAGUUCCCCUACUAAGAAAGAAGUGUUUAGUGUUUGAUGAUAAUACCAAUACUACUCAACGAUCGGACUCUGCUGACAGUAAGGACGUGCAGUCACAAGGUGCAUUGUCAGCACAUCCAGAGACACAGGAAAGCAGCGGGGAUGACUACCUGCCAUGUUGUAUACGUUACACCUCACAGGAUGAAAUUGCACCAAUAAAAACAGGAUGUUUACACCCAAAUUAUAAAACGGUUAAGGACGACAGUGUGAUAGAGCAUUUGUAACAACAAGUAAUAGGUGCGGUGCUCAACAUCGUCUGAAAAAGUACUCCUUUGAGAGUGCACAGUGCACCAACUGUUGGCCCCUAACUAAAAGGUGGCAAACCGAGAUUGUGCUUAUAGGGCGGCCUAACCAGGUAGUCAGUUAUUUCUUAAGCAUAAUAUUAUUUUAGGCGAGUGCUUUAUUUGCAUUGCAUUUUUAUGCCAGGUGUAGUGGAGGAAAAUGUUACAAUAGUGACUUUAAAUGACUAUAUGUAAAAUUAAUAUAAAUAUAUAAAUAAUAUAAACGUAUAUCGUAUAUAAAAAUAUAAGCACAUAGCUAUAGUAUUAUUGCACUUGGAGUAACUGUACCACCAACCAACUAGGAGUAUGUAUUUCUAUAUGUUAGUCAUUAUAUGGAUGCCAGUGAUGCACGAUAAAUAACAACCAUGGUAUGAAGUUUAAAGACAUCAAACUAGUAAUGCAAGGUAUUAUAAUAAAAUUUGUACAUUGUUUAAUUUUUGA